AUGGCAGGUGAUCACUUCGAGCUUCCCCCACGUCCUCUUCGAGAGCUGUGCGUUUGCGACCUCAGUCAGGAGGUGGACGAUUUGAUGCUGCGCUUUUGGCCUGGUGUCCACAGGUGCACAAUGGCUUGGUGCUCGGACAAUUCGGAUGCCUUUUCACGAACACGCAUUCAGAUGGGCACUUCAAUGUGGGCCCCAGUGCGAUGUAUGGGUGCCCACAUUGCAGCAUGUCCGAGCCAUCAAACCCACAGGACGCAUAUGCUGAAGACUCGCUUCAUCGUUGCAUUGUGGGGCACUUUUGGCUUGGAGCUCGAUCUCAACAAGCUGUCGAAACAGGAGCUCAGGGAGAUGAAGGACCUGGUGUCCUUGCGGCAAAAGCUUUCCAAGGUGGUGCUGCAUGGAGAGUACUUCCGCUUGCCAGGCUUCGGAUAUCCUGGUGCUUCGCAUUCCAAUUCAGCCGGCAUUGGUGACUCCCACGUGUAUGCCUGGAUGUUUGUCACUCCUGAACAGGACAGAGCCGUGGUCAGUGCCAUUGUCUUUCACAGAGAUACUGUUGGAAAAUUCCCUUCCCGCUUGAAGUUGAGAGGCUUGAGGCCAGAGUACCACUAUGUGCUCACAGAGCACGUUCCCACGAUGGUUGAGGAAGGUGUCUUCAACGGUGUAUUUCAGCCAGGUGGUCCGCAAUUCAAGCAUCGCAGGCGGUUGACGUUGACGGGAGCCGUCUUGAUGGAGGUGGGCAUCCCUGUUCACUUCAACUUCGACGGAGAUGCUAUGCUGUUGGAGUUGCAGGCCAAAUUGCAGGGUAGCCGUCAAAAGGUGCACUGCGGAUUCUUUGGGCUCAAAGGUGUCAGGAUGGCGGAAGGGGAGACGGUUGAUAUUCCCCAGGAGCCGUUCGAGACCGAAGAGGAGCUCGCCGCUGGCGAGGCGGCUGAUGCUGAAGCUCCUCCUGGGGAGGAUGGUGGGGAGGAAGCAGCAGCUGAAGCGGUGGCUGAAGAAGAAUAUUGCAUUUGGCCUCGAAUGCCAGAACAACCACCAGAGCCUCCUCAGCUGACUGAGACGGAGAUCUUAGUGCCCUGGGCCUUUGAAGCUUUAGCCAUGGCGACCGCGGCAACAAUCCAGUCAACACCACCGCCGUUGCGUUUGGUGAUGAAAAGCUACGACAAACUCUCACAGAUAUCCAUGAAAGUUACCUGGAUCGAUGAGGAGAAUGAGGAGCAAAGUUGGAACUCCUGGGAGGAUGCCUUGUGCGGUCGCUGUGGUGCCACCAAAAUUCUGCCUGCCGAGAGCAAAAACAUCGAGGUGCGGUUUCGAGUACAGCCAGGAGGCCGCAAGGUCCAAGCUGUAGAUCGAAAGAAUCGUUGUGCCUGGACAAAAUUGGGGGAGGAGGUCAUACGCUUGCGGUGUCCAGAGGGAGAUCAAACGAAAGGUGUUGACGCUUGGUUUGAGCUGCGGGGACCUAUAACUCACUGCCAUGUUUGGCAGGCUUGGAACGCUUGCAAUCGUGGGGUUCCAGACUCGUGGGAGCAUUGGCCAGACUUUCCCGCAGAGCGUGCUGCCCCUUUGCCCGCUACCUUACAGGCGGCGGAUGCUGUAGCCCCGUGGUCAGGUAGCCAAGAGGCUUCCCCCAAAGGCCAAGAGUACACAGCACGUGUCACCGGAGCUAUGUCCAGGUUGGUGGCAGCGGCAGAAGUCCUGCUGGCAGUGCGGCGACGCAGCUUGAGGACUCUGGAAGAGCUGGACAACCAGCUCACCAAGCAGUGGUUCCGAGUGAAUUCUGGGAACACCGUGGCUGCUGGUUUGGCGGUCGCUUCCUUCGGAUCGCUGUUUGUAGCGCCGCCUGUGGGCCUCGCGCUUGGUGCCACAAGUGCUGCAGCUGGGGUCAGCAGUACCACUGGUGACGCUGUGGCCGAUGCAGACAAGGGCCGCAACCUGUCGAAGCUGAUGGAAGUGGACGUCACCGAGCAGUUGGCCUUUGAAACCGUUGAGUCCGAGCUCCGCUUUGCCCUCGCCAAAGCUGCAGCGCGGCAGCGGAUCAGCUGUGGCAGUCGAGCUGCGGGCACUGCCAUGGCGGCUGCACAGACAGCGAACCUAGUCUUGCUGCGCUCGGCCAAGUACAUCACCCUCAGCCAGGCAGGUCUCGAAAGCGUCGCAUUGGCUGGUCGAGUCCUGGGUGGCCUCGGUGCUGGCAUUGCCGUGGGCGUUGCAGCGCAUGGCUGGUCAACCACCAAACCCAUGCAGAAGCUUGUGCAAGAAAAAAUCGCAGAGGUGGAGCGGUCUUUGGAGUACCUGGAAGGCCUUCGGCAGCAGAUGUCUGGUGCUCUCCGCUGUCCGGUUUGUGGAGAAGCCCUUGGCUUUGGAGCCAACGAACUGCGCCGCUGCUCACGCUUUCAUUGCUUCCAUGCAAAGUGUGUGGACCAGGGGGGGUGCCCUGAAUGUGACGAACCCAUGGCACACGUGAAAUCCUCCGAGCAGUUGGGUGCCUUGCUGUGGCUCGCUGGACUCCGCGACUUCUGCGCCUUGACGUUGGACUCGUUGGCCCCGCAGCUGACCCACGCGCGCGCCUUGGUGCAGCGGCUCACUGCCUCCGAGGAUGUUGGACAGAUGAUGAGGUCUCCAGUCGAGGAUGUGGAAGCCUCCGACAGUCCAAAAAGUGUGGGAAGUCCAAAGAGAAGUGACCAGGCACCCGAAGAAGUGGCAGAAGCCCAUGAAGCCUGGCAGCUAGCAAUGGAAGAAGCUCAAGAGGGCAACGAAAGCUUGGGCAAAGUGGCAGUAGAGCGACUUCUUUUAGGUCACGGGGGAAUGCCGUUGAAGUACCGUCAUCGCAUGUGGCCACAGCUGCUCCGCAUCACUUCAUCAGCUGAGUUUGAGAAGCUGCUGGAUGUGCAAUUGCCUAACAAGGUGAAAGAGCAAAUAGAUGCAGACGUACCCCGGACAAGGAACAGCCUUGUUGUUGGUCGUCACACAGAGCUUCGGCGAGUGCUGCAUGCUUUAGGAGCUCACCGGCCAGAAAUUGGCUAUGCCCAGGGUAUGAACCAGUUGGCUGCUGUCUUUUUGAAGCUGGGCUUCGAAGAGGAAGCUGCCUUUUCCAUGAUGGAUGCCAUCAUGAAGGAUUUGUUGCCUGGAUGUCAUUAUCCCGACUUGCAUGGUCUUUUUCGAGAUACCGGGGUGGCAGACAUCCUCAUCCAGAGUUUUUUGCCUCGUCAUGCCAUGCUCUUUGAGAAGACUGGAAUCCAGGUGCUCUGGUUCACAGUGGACUACUUUUUAACCCUUGGCUCCAACACCACUUCGUUGCCAUUCAUCGCCUGCCUCUGGGAUCUUUGCUUCUUGUGGGGCCCUCGUGCGCUCUUCAGUGGUUUCCUAGCAAUGCUGGAUCUCUACUUUGAGCUGCCAAGAAGUGACAAGGAGCCGAAGGGAGAGUCCGAAGAUGAUGAAUCAGAAUGGCUCAUGAAGAAGUUCAAGGUUGCCCUUGCCGAGGCAUCUCCUGAUGGUUUUGCCGCUCGAACUGCGGAGUUCUUGCACGAACGCCAGGGUGGCAUCUCUGAUGAGCUCAUUGCGACGCUUCGAGCUUCCGCCAAGAACUAUCUCUCCAUUGACUUGCACGAUGAGGUGGAGGAGUCUGAUGACGUUCCAUUUUCAGGAAUGAAGUUGAAACCCUACACUCAUCUCAAGAAGUCGGAGGUGUUGGAGCAAGUGAAAAAGAUGUGCUUUGCUUCGGACUACCACCCACAACAGAAGGACUUUGAGAAAUAUCCUUUGGAAGACAUUCUCCUGAUCUUUGAGCCGUCGAGAGCCUAUGGCGAGAAGAUUGUAUGGUGCACUACGGAAGAUGCGUAUAACAGGGAGAUGGAGCGCUUGAACGCACGUCGGCAGGCCGUACUGGACGAGUUCGAUCGUGAAAACCGGGGAGAAGCGGCUGAAGAAGAGGCUAUGCAGGAUGAACCAGAUGAAAACAUCGUGGUGCGCGAUGUGCCGAAGGAGUGUCGUGAGUGGAAGUCAGAGACAGCAGAGGCCACUCAUGAGGAGGUGCAGAACUUCACCGUGCAGAAUAGUCGGCCACUUCUUCAGAUCAUGAUCACCAGGACACGUGGGCAGUUUGGGAAGUCCACCAAGCUCAGCGACUCUGGUGAGAAUAUCAACAACUGCCGCCCUCAGAAGGACCACAAUUUCGCACCGCCCAAGAGGGAGCUGGAGAUUGGCAUUCAGGCGGUCAAGGAGACUCGGACGUGCUCUUGUCAGACUACCUGGUUCCGACCAAUCAACAAAUCCACACAGUACACGCCAAGUGAUUUCUUGCAGCGUGGUGCAGAUUUGGGCUACGACAAGGUAGAUGAGCUUUCUGCCUUCCUUUCAAAUGUCAGUGUGGGUGUUGAGGAAGCUCUGCAAACCAACGAAACGGUGGACAUCUUUCAGGAGGAGUUUGCCCAUUUGGGUGAAGAAGAAGCUGGUGCUAUCACCAAGACGCACUCCAAGCUGAAGGAGCAUCCGAACUUCCACGAUGUGACGUACACAAAGGGCAAGCGGAUUGAGUGGGUGGAGUGGGUUCCCAACUCUUCGGACAUGGUGGUGUCCUCCUGCUGCGAGAACAUGCCCUUCACAGAGCGGCUUGAGAACUCGGGCAAGGCGACAGUCAGUACGGUCCUUGUUUGGUCCUUUGCAGACUCACUGUCACCACAUGCUGUCCUUGAGUCUCCGUGGGAGGUGACAGUUUUCAAGUUUUACCCCAGCGAUCCCACGUAUCUCAUUGGUGGUCUUGGCAAUGGCCAAAUAGCUGUGUGGAAACUCUCUCCAACUGACCUUGGCUUGACCACCGGGAAGUCCCAGUCUUCACGGCCUGGCCUGGAGGAGGAGAAGCACUCAACAAUUCCAACAGUGGUGCAUAGGCAGAUCUCCAUGAUCGACGAAUCGCACCGAAAAGCUGUUGUCGCUAUCGAGUUCAUGCCCGCCACCUUGGAGAUUGAGCGUCGUGGACGGGGCGCUAGUGAGAAGAAUCCUCAUGAUGCACCGAUAAAGUACUUCCUUACUGUAGCUGGUGAUGGACAGGUCAUGAUUUGGGACUUUCAGGCCAUGCUGGAUGCCAUUAACGACAAUGACUUCCUCUGGAGACCUGUUGUCCGCGUCCAACUUCAGCGGCAGGAUAGCGGCACGGAGAUGGGCCUGUGUCACAUUCUCCACUGCCAUGACCGCUUCGAUGAAAAGGGCACAAAGUUGCUCACUAACUUUUACGCCAGCACAGAAGAGGGCGAGCUUAUCCUUGGAGAUUGGGCUGCUCGUGGCGAAGAGGACCGAAAAGCGGAUGUUGUCAAAAAGAUGUACAGUAGUUGCAAGACGUUCCGGCCCAUGCUAUCUUUGGAGCGCUCACCGUUUUUCCCGGACAUCCUGCUCGGUGUCACGGACUGGGCCUUUUACCUGUUCAAGGAUGGCCUUAGCGAGCAUCUCUUCAUGUCUUCCUACACCUCGACCUACUACACUCGAGGUGUUUGGAGUCCCACAAGACCGUCAGUGAUCUUCUUGGGCCUGGUCAGCGGAGGGAUAGACAUUUGGGACUUCAGCGAUCAGUCGCACAAGGCGUCACUUUCUGAUACUGGUGCUUCUGUGGCCAUCACGUCCAUGAUGUUUUGCUAUCACGGCGAAAUCAGGGAAGGCCAAAAGCUAGCCGUUGGUGAUGCGCAAGGACACUUGCACAUCCAAAACAUCCCAAAGAAUUUGAUAAAGCCUGGUGGCAGAGAAAAAGAAAAUAUGAGGAAGUUCUUGGAUCGAGAAGAAAAACGCUUCAGCCCCAGAUUCGCUCAAUUUUGGUGA